AUGAUUCAAGUUGAUGUUUGGAUACUCUCGUGCGUAUUCCUGUUGAUUGCUGUGUCACUUUCUGGGCUGUCAGCCACCACGCCAUGUGUAUGUCUGUCAGAACCUAUGAAGUCCGGGUCCCUGGGAAGCCCGAUUCUUCUUCUUGAAAACACGAACGGGUCGGGCGGAUAUCUCGUGGCCGAACAGACAGGUAAGAUACACGCUUACACCUCGGACUGGAAGGAACAAAAAGAAUUAUUCCUUGAUCUGAGUGACGAGGUGGCUUUCGAUGAUAGGGACCCGACGGACGAGAGAGGACUUUUAUCAUUUGCACUACAUCCGGAAUAUCGCGUGAACCAAAAGUUUUAUACAUAUUCAACUCGGACAUAUGACGAACAAGACUACAUUGUGGUUUCCGAAAUAACGGAGAAGGACGGGCAAGGGGACUUAUCCACAGAGAAGAUUUUACUGGCCAUCCGACAACCUUCUCCGUUACGGAAUGGUGGAACGGUUUUGUUUGGACCUGAUGGCUUCCUAUAUAUCAGUAUUGGGGACGGAGGAGUGCCAGGAAACACGGGUAACGAACAGCUAGCGAAUCAGGCUCAGGAUGGACAAAGUCUUCUCGGUAAAGUACUGCGGAUAGAUGUAAACAAUCGAGAAGUUAUUGACGAUAUUUUACGUUACUUCCGGGUUCCCAAUGACAACCCAUUCAUUGGCAACCAGAGUUUCCGGCCGGAGGUGUAUGCGUAUGGCGGUAGAAACAUGUUCCGGUGCAGUUUUGAUACGAAUAGCCCGGGAAAGGAACUUUACUGUGGAGACAAUGGAAACCACGACCAGGAGGAAAUUAACAUCAUAAAGAAAGGUGGAAACUAUGGCUGGAAUAUAAAGGAGGGAAACAUUUGUUUAUCACCGGGGAACUGUCAUCUGGAAAAUGAAGUAUUACCUAUAUACACGUUUAACAAUUCGGAGACACACAAUGCUGUCAUUGGGGGCUACGUAUAUCAUGGAACAGCUUUCCCGGACUUUGUCGGACACUAUGUGUUCGGAGACGUUGUAGGGGGGUUGAUGAGUCUUGACAAUAGUACUGGUCAAUUGGUACGAUACAACAUCUCAGUCUGUUCCAAAGCUGCAUGUCAGUGUAACGCACGUGCCGACUACGGCAUGUUCUUACGCACGCUCAGUCAAGACAAUAAAGGAGAACUCUAUGUGAUAACAUCGACGUUUAGUGCGAGUGGCGCUUCCGCAGCAGUUUUAAAACUGGUCCCAAAGAGCGGCAACCUUUUCAAAAAUAGAAAUAGAAAUAGUGUUAAACAUGUGACUCUGACACCCCUUAAUGCUAAGUAUGUGGAAUAA